UCUCUCCUACACGCUGCCCCGGGAUGGAUUUUGGUGCUUUGCCUGCCUGGUCUGCCCUGGUGUCUCAUCUCUGGCAUCAUCAUGACAACAGAGAAGAGUUUAGCGGCGGAUGCUGACAACUCGGAGCAGCAGCGAGCCAAGGAGGAGGAAGGAGCUGCUGAAACACAGACAAAGCAAGAGGCUUCCCUAGAGGAAGGGGCUCAGUUGGAGGGACAGCCAGCAGUGGGGCAGAAGCAGAAGACCUCCAACGGUGACACAGCCACACACGAGGAGCAGAACAAGAAGGAACGCCGCACCGCCGAGGGCCGGGGGCUCUCCCGCCUCUUCUCAUCCUUUCUCAGGAGGCCCAAGUCUCAGGUGUCCGAAGAGGACAAAGACACUGAUGCUACUAAAGAGGUGGGAGGUGACCAGAAAGACCCAGGAUUAGGAGCCAGCCCUGAUGAAGACAUCCUGGUGAAAGCCCCGAUUGCAGCUCCCGAGCCUGAGCUCAAAACCGAUCCAUCCUUAGAUCUCCAUUCCUUAAGCAGUGCAGAAACACAGCCUGCACAGGAGGAGAGGAGGGAGGACCAGGAGCCAGACAGCAGAGAGCUGGAGGGCAAGGAAGGAGGGGAAGCAAAGGAAGAACGUGCCAAGCCAGAGACCAAACAAGAGACUCCAGAGACCAAAGCUGAGAAGGAUUUGAAAGCUGCCCAGAGAGCAGUAAAAAGACACAGAAACAUGUACUGCAAAGUUGCCCUGCUGGAUGACACCAUUUUUGAGUGUGCUGUGGAUAAACAUGCCAAGGGGCAAGAUCUACUUAAAAAAGUCUGUGACCACCUGAACCUCCUGGAAGAAGACUACUUUGGUUUGGCCAUAUGGGACACCCCAACCUCCAGGACGUGGCUGGAUCCUGCCAAAGAAAUCAAAAAGCAGGUUCAUGGAGGCCCCUGGGAUUUCACCUUCAAUGUCAAGUUUUACCCACCGGAUCCUGCGCAGCUGACAGAGGACAUAACCAGGUAUUACUUGUGUCUUCAGCUCAGACAAGACAUCAUUUCGGGGCGGCUGCCCUGUUCCUUUGCAACUUUGGCUCUGCUGGGUUCCUACACGGUCCAGUCUGAGUUGGGAGACUAUGACCCCGAGCUGCACGGCCCAGAUUACAUCAGUGAAUUUAAAUUGGCCCCAAAUCAGUCAAAAGAGCUCGAAGAGAAGGUGGUGGAGCUUCAUAAAACAUACAGAUCCAUGACUCCAGCUCAGGCAGACCUGGAAUUCCUUGAGAAUGCAAAGAAGCUCUCUAUGUAUGGAGUCGACCUUCACCAUGCCAAGGACUUGGAAGGGGUGGAUAUCACUCUGGGAGUCUGUUCCAGUGGCCUUCUUGUUUACAAAGAUAAACUGAGAAUCAACCGCUUCCCCUGGCCCAAAGUCCUCAAGAUCUCCUACAAACGCAGCAGCUUCUUCAUCAAGAUCCGGCCCGGGGAGCAAGAACAGUAUGAAAGUACAAUUGGAUUCAAGCUACCAAGUUACCGGGCAGCCAAGAAACUGUGGAAAGUAUGUGUUGAACAUCACACCUUUUUCAGGCUGACUUCCACCGAGGCCAUCCCAAAGAGCAGGUUCCUGGCUCUGGGCUCCAAAUUCCGCUACAGUGGGAGGACACAGGCACAGACCCGGCAGGCGAGCGCCCUGAUCGACCGCCCUGCCCCGCAGUUUGAGCGCACAGCAAGUAAGAGAGCUUCCAGGAGCCUGGAUGGAGCUAAACGUGCGACUCAAAAAGUUGAGUUCAGAGCCCUAGAGGAAGAGAAGCAGGAGGAGGUGGUGGUGGUUGAGGUUCCUGAACCAAAACCCGUGGAUCAGAUCCGAGAGAAGCCAGCCAAACACGUUCUUGAAACUUUUGAAAUGAAACCCAUUGCAGAGGAGGAAGAGGAGGAGGAGAAGGUAGAGGUGGUUAAGGUUCCUGUUGCUGAGCCAAAGUUCCUGGAGCCGUUGCAGCCGCGGUCAGCAGUGGCCGUGAUAACCCCUGAGAAGAGUCCCCGUCCCACCUCUGCCCCAGCCAUUGCUCAGACCCAUGCUGCAGAACCAGUCCCUGCUAAGCCUGCCCCGAAGGACAUGGUCACCACUUCUAAAGUAGAAAAACCACCAGCAAAACCUGAUGUGAGGCGUGAAGAAAUCCCACCAGAGAAAGCCAAGCCAGAGGCAGCAGAUGCAUCAAAGGUGAGGAAAACGCACACUGAGGUCACAGUCCCCACCACGAAUGGUGACCAGCCCCAGAAGAGAUCAAAGAGGCUAGAUGGUGAAAACAUUUAUAUCAGGCAUAGCAAUUUAAUGUUGGAGGAUCUGGAUAAGACCCAAGAAGAAAUCAAGAAGCAUCACGCCAACAUCAGUGAACUGAAGAAGAAUUUCAUGGAGUCUGUCCCAGAACCUCGACCCAGUGAAUGGGACAAACGUUUGUCCACUCACUCUCCUUUCCGAACCCUCAACGUCAACGGGCAGAUUCCCUCGGGCGCGGAUGGAGUCAAGAAAGUCACUGUCCUAUCUUCUGAGAGACAGUCUCCCAGCUACUUUCUCCCCAAUACUCGUCACUUAGGGGUGUGCAAAGAUCCACUCCCAAAGCACCACACUGACCAAAGGAGGUUAGCUCAGCUCAGAGAGCUCAGAGCCAAGUUUUUCCUCUCCUAGACACGACCAGGUCUGGCACACUAAAAGGAUGGGAAGUUAAGAGCACCAACAUUGCCCACAAUCUUUUCUUUCUUCAGCAAAAGCUACAGCCCUUGCAUGAGCCUCCACCUGAUGAUUUGCUCGUUCUGGCUGGUUUAGACUCUUUAGAUGCCAGAAACAAGAGGGUUAAAACAAGGAGCAAAAUGUUAAGGGGUUUGCAAUCCUCCUACUGCCAUCCUGCUUGUUCCACACGUGGGAUUUCUAAGAUGUGCCAAUUUUUCACUUGUGCCAGUAGAAUUUUUGAAACGAUUGAAAUUUUGAUACUGUCGUGAGAACUUUGGAAAAGCAUUUUGUAUCUGCACUGCAGCCUGGCUCUUCAACCAAUACUUAACAAAUGCUAUUUUUUAAGGGCACUGUAGAACAGGGGAACUGUCAGAGACCAUCUUUUGUACUACACCAUUUCUAUUUCUAAGGCCUCCCAACUUUUUUCUCAACCAUUCCAAUUCCAAACCAGUUUUGAGUGUGUGUUUUUCUGGGAGGGCAGGUGCCAAACAAGCAUGAUCAUGAUCCAGGGCUUUGUGACAAAGCACUCGUGAUCCUGCUCCAGCUGCUGGUCAGAGGGGAUUAGAUCUCCCAGCUUUAAGGCUGGGGUGACCAAGCCACCAGUGGCUCUGCUCUCCAGGGUUGGUUUGUUUUGACAUUGAGAGGAAAGCUGUCCUAACGCUUUGCACACCUCCAAGUAUCAUUUUGGGCACUUUCCAUCUGUCAUUUUUGUUCAUCUCUCUCUGUCUUUCUUGAUCUUCUACCACGAAAGCAGACACAGGAACGUCCUCUGUUAGUACAGGAUGAAGACAGACUUAAAAAACAGGAGAUAUCUGCUGAGAAAGCCUUUCCCCAGCAAGCAAGUGAAGAAACUCUUCCAAACGUUUCUAUUGCAAUUCCUGAAGAGCAGAAAUCACUCAAAAAGUGUCAGCUGUACUCUAGCAUUUUUCCUUCUCCACGUAUUCCCUUUGUGAUGUCCUUUCUCCUGGUGGUAGCACUGACUGUUUGGUGGCUGCUCUUUCUCUGAGUGGCAACAGGGUCAUGGUGAAACCUCAAGACCAAAGCUCCUGAAUCUCUUGGCCGUAGCCUCUGCUGCAUCUUCCUUGUCCUGGUCUUUGAUCUCCGUAGUUUGCUGUCCUGGGGAAGGGACAUUCCCCCCACCAUCCUGCUGAUCCUGCUCUGUGUCUUGUCUAGCUGGGACCUGGGACCUGGCAGGGAGUGGUCAUGGAUUGCCAGGUCCAUUCUGAAGUUUCCUGCUGUGGAAAAGCCAAUCCUCUGAACCAUGUUCCUGACUGCUGGCAGAGGGCAGACAGGGAUGUAGCUCCAUGGGAGGAGACAUUGGCUUCUUCAGCCCCUGUAGACUUGAGUAGCAAUUGCUGAAGAUUUGCUUUGGAGCUUGCUCUUUGAAAUGUAAGAUUAUUCCCAAGCUGGAAAACGUUUGAUACUGGUCCAAAAAGAGGCUUUGUGGCAACCUGCUGAGUCUAAUCCAUAACCACUCCUUUUCUAGGCAACUAAGGUUGGCAUUUCAAUAAAAAGUGUUUGUUACCAAUGCUGCUGUUAGUGUUAACGUAGAGACAGGGACAGGCAGCUUUCCCUUUUCCUGGUGGGAGAAGCCUUUUGCAGAGCAUCACAGCUUCCCUCUCACCCCUCAUUCCCAAGAAAAUACAUCGUGUUGUAGGAACUGCAAGGAAAUAUUUGUUGUGAACAUAAGAUUAAUCUUUUUUUUUUUUUUUUUCUUCUGGAUCUGGUGGUCUUGGUGCACUUCAGAUGUGUUGAAUUUGUGUUGAACUAACAGCCACAUGUUUGCUGAGGUUGUGGGGAUGGAGGAACCCUGCUGCUGGGGAUGUCUCCUGUUAGCAUGUUGACUUGACCACAUCAGGAUCUGCUUCUAAUGUUAAAGCCAUCAAUUGUUUUGACUUCUCUAACAAAAAAACGUUGCAUGCCUCUCGUUGUUUAUUGCCUACAAAUGUAAAUGUCUGGGUGAUGCUCCCAUGUGUCUGAGUUAACCUGCUUGAGCCACGCAGGCUCCAGACCCAGUUGCCCAGCUGGGCUGAGCAGAACUGGUUUGCAAGCUGGAGGAAAGGUGGGACUUUGUGUCUAAGAGGCUUCUUUUCUGUAUAUAGUAAUUAUGGGACUGAGCUGAGCCAACUCCUUUUGGUAGUAAUCUGCUUUCUCUUGCUUUCUCUGGAGGGUUGGUGUAGACAAAAUUACUCCUGGGAACAGCCACCAGUGCCAUCAGCAUUGGCAGCUGCUCCAGCAACACAGAAGAAAAAGGAGCAAACCUUUCUUUAGUACAGGGACUAAAAUCUGUGAAUAUAUAUAAAUACAUGUGUUUGUACCUUUAUAGGUCUGUAUCUAUGUGAACAGUGUUCUCUAGGAAGCUGGCAGAUAAGCUUGCAGGAAAAAGACCUAAGGCAAAGAUGGUGAAGGCUGUGGUGUACCAGGGACCACUCGAGCCACCUCUCUCUGGCUGUCAGUGUAAAGAUCAAAGCUCUCCAAACACUGUCUCAGAAAUCUAGGUUGCUAGUGAAAACUUUAUUUUAAAUCUUGAUUAUUCUUGUAACCUGCUCCAAGGAGUUCACCAGUUUGUGCCUUUAGGACUUUGUUUUGUGAGGAUGCUGAUUUCUUGGGUUUUUUUCAUCAGAAAGUCUUCUCCCCCUCUGUCCUACACUGCCUUUAACACACAGUCUUCCUUUUGCCAAGUGGUUGGAAGUGUGGGAGUCCCUGGGUUGUCUUUGGGUGCAGGCAGUGGUGGGCUGCCUGCUGCAUCCUACAUCUUCAGGUGCACCUAAACCCUGGUGAGCUCAAGUGCAGGAAGACUGUCUGGAGAUGGUGGGCCCUGAAGAGGAGAGGUGGGAAAGGAUGCUGGAGGUGCCACGGCUGUGCAGAUGAUGGAGGAUGGAAGAAACCAGGCUGAGAGCCCUGCCUGAACCUUCUGGAAGAGACACGAUGAAAACCAGGGACCAGUUUUGUUCUUCUGAGAGUGGUGUGGAGAGGGAAGGCUCAGGAAUUGUUUGGAUCUAUCCCUGCCCAUUUUCCACCCAGACUUCCUGGAGAAGAGCAGCUUAAACACACAUCUGCUUCCUCUCAAAAGCCACUGCUUGGGGUUGCUGCCAUGAUGCUGCCUUCAGCACAGAUGAGUCCCUGCCUGCUGUCCUUCUGCACCCAUGACCAGUCCUCUGAAGCCAUACCAAGGUUUCUGUAGCUCUCCCACUCCCCAAGGACCUGAAGUCUUAAAAAUCUUUGCCCAGAGCAACAGCUGAACGUAGUGUCUUAACCCAGAGUGAUGAGAGAUGCACUGGGUUGGUCACUUCAACUCAAUUCUCUUAAUUAAAAUGGUCUUUUUCUUGAUUUUUUUCCUUCUUUCUUAAGAUAAGGCUGAUUAUCUUCAGCCAAAAAACCUUUUGAACUUGGCAUUUUGAGAAUGCUCACGAGCACUUUUUUGGGAUUUAUAUAAUGAUUAUCACUGCAGAGCAUAAAGAAAACUGACAAAUGCUUUAUAUUUCUCUGGCAAUUCAGAGACCAGUUCUCUAUGGUCAGCCAAGUGGAUAUGAUCUCUUCUGACAGAGAAAGCUUAUCAGGAACAGAAGCCUCAUCAGUUCCACCCCACAGUGAUGUGCUCCAACCCCUUUGCCAUCUUCUGUUUGUUUUUUUUUUCACUUACUCACAAGGCCAAGGUAGUUCCAGAUGUGCCCCCGGGGCAAUCCUUGCAAGGUCUCCUUCCUGCAUGUUUUUAUCCUGUUCCUGCCCAUCUCCUACACUCUGGUGCUGUGCUGGUUGAUUCCUGGGUUGAUUCCUUUUCCCUUGAUGUCCACACAGGACAUGGCACUGAAAGAAGGGAUUUUGGGAUUCCUGCUCUCAUCUCCUUACCCAGGGAGAGUUGAUUCCCUCUGGCUUUGUUUUAAGAACAGAGGUCUCAGGGUUUUCAUAAAGGAACCAACACUUGGACUUCACUCCCUUUAUUCCUCAGGAACAAAUCUGCUGCAAAGCCCCUGCCUGCCCCAGCUCCAUCACUGCCCCAGUGGUGCUGGGAUCAACAACCCCUGUUCUGUGGGGCUGGUGGGGUGCUGGGCUGAGAGUGAUGGAGAGCUGAGUUAUCCCUUCCAAGGGGAAGAGGGAAAUACCCACAGCAUGUAACCUCAUCCAGGCUGGCAUGAGAAAUACAGAUUGUUUUCAGUGUUCCCUGCUGCAGAAAAUGACAUUUUGGUGACUCCACCACGCUGGUGAUUGGACUACAAGAAGCCUGCCAGCAGUUUUUGAUGUUCAUUUGACUUCCCCAGUGUUUUGUUGUCUCAUCACUUGUCUCUUUGGUGCUCACAGUGGGAUCCAGUUGGCAGCUGUCAAGGCUCAGUCCCUUCAGGUUUUCUAUCACAAAGCUGGUGGAUGGCUCCACACUCACUCUCUGAAUCUUCUGACCCUGAUGCCAGCUCCUCUGGAAACCAGAUAAAACACAGAAUAGUUUCUUGUGCUUGCAUGGGUGUCUGAGGAGUUGUGGCUGCCCCAUCCCUGGCAGUGUCUCAGCCCAGGUUGGAUGGGGCUUGGAGCACCCUGGGCUGUGGGAGGUGUCCCUGGUGUCCCAUGGCAGGAGUGGCACUGGAUGAGCUUUAAGGACCCAUCCAACCCAAACCAGUCUGGAUUUUCUGUGGUUUGAUGAUCAGUGUUUUGAAGCAGCAGCUUUGCCAGAGCCAAGUGCUUCAAGCUCAGAUUCAGCUCUGCUUUAGUUACUGGGCUCUGUGUGAUCAUCACUGGGGAUAUUUGAGGUGUGGGUUGCUGGAAAACAACAUCCUUUUUCUCUUUUCCAUUAUUAAAGGUGGGCAGAUAAAUGAAGGCAUCGUCUGCAUCUCCUGCCAUGUGCUCCUUUGCUCUGUGGUCAACCUGAGGACUUGCUGUGGGUGGGUGACAUUUGGGGAUGGGGUUCAGCUGAGCCCAGGUCUCCUCCCUUGCAGUUUGUGUAGUCACUGGUGGUGACCCUAAAGAGUGGGUAUUUGAUAUUUUCCUCCUAGCCUGUAAUAAGAAGGAGAGGUGCACAUCCUCACCAUGGCACCAAGGAGUAGUUGGUGUUUGCAGGAACGUGGUUGGUGUGGCCUUGGUUGGAGGUUCUGAGCAAAGUGUCUCUGACUUCAUGUUAAGGGUCAGUAAUUUGUCACUGAGUUAUUCCACUGGUUCACUGGCUUUUCUUUACUCCUGGUCAUGAGUUGAUGGCACCUGUUCUGACCUGCAGACUGACCUGUAGGGUGCUUUCUGGAAAAAUGUAGCCCCAUGAAGGGUUACAGAUUCAUUCAGAAACUCUUUGGUCUUUCCUUUGCUAGAGGUUGACGUGGGAGAUUCCAGCAGUGUUGGUUUCUCUUGUGUCCCUGUUUGCAUCUCUCUUGGUCUGUGAAGCUGGAGGGAAGGAGUAGCCUUGGUUUGGGAUCUUCUGGCAGUGGUACACAGUCGUGUUGGAUCAGUUGGUGGGGACUAAAAACUCUUUCUUUUUUACCUAAAAUGCUCUCUUUUGGAACACUUUUUCGGUUUUGUAUUUUUUCUCAGAUUUUUCUUUGUAAAUAUGUACAUUUAUCAUUAAUAAAUGUUAUUGCAAAUCA